GUCGCUCCCCCCAUCAGACUGCACUGCAGAGAAACAAGGAGGAGGUUGUGAGUGCUCGAGUUUGGGACUGUGACGAUCCACGCGGGAUUUUUGUGUCGUGACUGAUAGCAACAAGACUGUACCUUCACCUAUAUAUCUAUUUUUGGUCUCUCAACGCAACACACAAGUUCACAAUGAAGGAAAGGAGAAGUAUACAGCCAGCCGUGGUGAGGUGUAAACUCGUCCUAGUUGGAGAUGUUCAGUGCGGAAAAACGGCAAUGUUGCAAGUCCUGGCCAAAGACAGCUACCCAGAGACCUAUGUCCCGACUGUGUUUGAAAACUACACCGCCUGUCUCGAGCUGGAAGACCACCGAGUCGAGCUCAGCCUUUGGGACACAUCAGGGUCCCCUUAUUAUGACAACGUCCGUCCUUUGUGCUACAGCGAUUCGGAUGCCGUCCUCCUGUGUUUUGAUAUCAGCCGCCCGGAAACCAUUGACAGCGCACUUAAAAAGUGGAAGACAGAAAUCCUGGAUUACUGUCCCAGCACCCGGAUCCUCCUGAUUGGUUGCAAGACUGACCUCCGUACGGACGUCUGCACUUUAAUGGAACUGUCCAAUCAGAAGCAAGUGCCCCUCUCUCACGAGCAGGGUUCCGCCGUCGCUAAGCAACUGGGAGCCGAGGCCUACCUGGAGUGUUCAGCCUUCACCUCGGAAAAGAGCGUCCACAGCGUCUUCCGAACGGCCUCGCUGGCCUGCCUGAACAAACUGAACCCCAAAACCAAGCCGAGCCCCACCCGCCGGCUAUCCAAGAGACUGCUGCACCUGCCCAGCAAAUCGGAGCUCAUCACAUCCACCUUCAAGAAAGAGAAAGCCAGGAGCUGCUCCAUCAUGUAAAAUAGCACGACCCUAAACAAAACAGCGAGGCGUCAUUCAUUUAGCACAGAGCUUCCCAUCUCCAGAACAGACCAGGCUUUUGUUUCAACAGAUUAAUUGAUUUCUCUAUUUUAUUUGUGUCCUCGGAGGAGAGCAGAAGACCAUUUUAAGCAAGAUGGCUGGUUACGGAAUGGCACCCUGGGCUGUUUGUGAAACGAGUGUCGGAGGCAGUGCCCUUGUUGGCGAGCCUAGGUUGUGGGUGUGUAGGCUUUUGCCUAGAGUGAUCCUAGUUAAGCAGCUUUCUGGGUGCAUAUUGCACAAGAAUUCACCAGAAAUGAUGUUGGUAGAACAAUCUGUCGCUGCAUUGAAAGAAAGUCCUGGUCUGUUGUCUGAACUGUGUUUGAGAAGCGUUGCUGUAGCAAGCGAUCGGACCACGCAACGUGAAAAUGUCAUGGCUGAAAACAGAGGACUGAUGGGAAGGGGGGGUGGUGAAAUGAGGCUUUAAAAGCGACAGGCUGGACCUGUCUGACCGGAAGUUAUUUUUCCAUUUCAAGUCGAGGAGAGAGAGAACCAAGUCAAAUUAAUUUGGCUGAAUUUUUAUUUUAUUUAAUUUUUUUCUGAAGUUAAUUGCCUCGGAGCUGUGGACGGCUCCUUUUAACCUUUGACUUCAGGAAGCGAUUUGCACAGAGACUUUUGAUUGGGCAUGCGCUGGAUUCUUCUGCGUUGUCUAGCGACAGGCAGAGGGGGUGUGGAUUCGGAAAGCCGAGAGGGGAAGGAUUACCUUGCGGAAUAAAGGAGGACUUGUUAUCAGUGUUCAUUGUAGCUACAAACUCCAACAUAUCCUGCUGAAAAAGAAUACAGCAAAAUGUGGCUGUACAUAUCCUGUUUUAUAAUCUUUGUAAAACUCCAGGAUAAUGUUGGAAUGGGGUGGGGCGGGGAUGAUUUUGAUGUAAAAUAGUGUAAUGUUGUUUAUUUAUUAAUAAAAUAUCAGAUUAAAUAUUA